UAGAAGCUCAGGUGUCAUUUACAACUUAAUCUCAGUAGCGUCAGGCCAUCACUUCUACUGUAAACUAUUAACCUCAGACCUGCAAUGUGGAAGGAGAUGACACAAGGGUGUGAAUGCCAGGCGUCAGGAAUCGUUGGGAGUCAUUUUGGAGGUGAGCUGUUUACCAGUUGGUAUGAUCACCAAAUAGAAUUGUUUUAGAGAGCUAUUUUCAUAGGAAAAGGCAAUCAUUUCUAGAGGUGUUCCAAAAUGAUGCCUGUGAUGUGCAGAGCACUGCGUGGAUGGUUAUUAAAAACAGGACUGUGGUGAAUGCUGUUGGUACCCCACUUUGCCUAGGCACUCACCAUGCCCAUAUGCUGAUGGCUGGCUUCUUUCUGAGCGCCUGCAGCCUCUGCCUGAGACCUGCCCAUGAGGCAGGCUGAAAGUGCUAGAGCUUUAAGGCCCCUGCAGUAGCCCACAACAGUGAGGAACCAGAGAUAACAUAAAUAUCUCAGCUUCAUCAGCCCUUGACUGGGAAAACUUGGAGGUGGUUUUCACACAGUCUAUCAGAGUUCCCCACAGGACUGAACCCCCAUUACUCACAGGGGUAAUCUGCUUAUGGAUGCACUCUGUGUUGGUUUCCAUCCCUCCCGUCUCACUGACCCAUCCCCUACCUCCCAAAUAAACUGCUUGCACUCACACCCUUAUUUCAGGUGGGCUUCUGGAGCAUGAAAAGUAAUAAAGGAAAAUCUCACUCAAAUGGAGUAGGGAGGCCAGAAAAGGGAGAUCUCAGGCAGUACCACUCCAGGUCCGUUUCAGGAAAAACUGUCAAUUAGAGACCCCGACAGAAGAAUCAACAGGAAAAAAUCAUCAAUCACAGACCCCAACAAGAAGAGAUGUACAUUGCAUCUCCCACAGGAAAUCCACUACCCCAGCAACUCAGCCAAUGAGAAGCCGUCUUCACUCUGAUCUUUCACUUUUCUGCAACAUACUUUGCUUCAAAACAACCCCUCCCAACUACCUCCUUUUUCUCUGUAAAAUAACAGUUCCUCUUUGUUUGUUGGACUUGUCCAUGGUUUUUGCUGUGACUUCUUGUCCCGAAUUGUGAGUCUCUGCUAUUUAGGAAUAAAUUCAUUUUUUGGUCCCAUAAGUUGGCUGUUUUAUUUGUAAAGUCAACAGGGUCAAGCCACCUGAGACAAAGUUCCCACUUUCAACAUACUCUUUUCAAGAUCCUCCUACUGGCCCACUCUUGCAGCUCCGCCCACUGGGUGAAGUCCUGCCUCUUCCUCCCGGGCCUCAGGCUCCCCGAGAGAAGAGCUUUUCUUCUUCGCCGUUCUCCCACACCAGGAAAAAGUUUUACCUUGCUUUACGGGAGGGGAGUUCCUCGGGGGAGAUGGCCGCGCUGGUUGCCCGUAAGAAGCGGUACGAACGUACGCGGCCAUCUUACCUCACUGCUUGCGCUGCUGGAGACACAGAAAGCUCAGCUGCCGGGUCAGGGAGCCGCUCUGCUGGUCACAGGAGGUAUGGGCUUCUGAGAUGCGAAAAGCAGCAGUGACGUCUGUGUUUAGGGACUCAGGAACACUUGCUUCUCCCCGUUCUAAAAUGGCCCAAUCGCCUAACAAAGGGCCGAAUCAUCGGCUGCACGGCACAGGCGUAAUCAUGGCCGCCCCCAGCAAGUGGCUGACAAGCGGGCGCGGCCAUCGUACCUGCCAUUAACGUUCCGGAACCCAGAAUCCCGUUCUCUGGGAGGUUGCCAGGGGGCGGCAGCCAGCCUCCAAGUCGCGACUGAGUCUGCGCACGGUCACUCGGGAUGGGAAGAGAGAAGAGCUUGUACUGUGGUGAGGCGGCGGGGUACGACAGCCCAUUUCAGGCUCUUUCUGGAAAAUGUAAUGACGUAUCCAUCUGUAACAGCAUCCCAAGUGUGAGCCUGGUUUCUGGAAAUCUGUUCUGACCUCAUGGCAGCUAGGAUGGAUGUUCCUUGGCCUGUGGUCAGGAAACAAAGAGCUUACUGAGCCACAGAUCUUUUUCCAAGAACAACAGAAAAUGAUUGAGUACCAGAGACCUGUGUCAUUUAAGGACGUGGUAGUGGGCUUCACUCAAGAGGAGUGGCACAGGCUGAAUCCUGCUCAGAGGGCCCUGUACCGGGACGUGAUGCUGGAGACCUACAGCAACCUCGUCUCAGUGGGUUAUGAAGGCACCAAACCAUAUGUGAUCCUCAGGCUGGAGCAGGAAGAAGCACCAUGGAUCUGUGAGGCGGCAUGCCCAGGCUGCCACUGUCGUGAAAACAUUUGGCAAGUUAACGUCCAGAGGAAAAGACGGCAAGAUGCAUUUUUGAGGCAAAGUACAUUCAUCAGCAAGAAAACACUGCCCAAGGAAAGAAACCAUGAACAUGGUAAGUUUGGGAAAGUAUCACAUCUGAGCACUGAUCUUUUCCCUUCAAUUCAAAAUCCCAAUAACAGGGACCCUUGCGGGAAAAGUUUGAACCAUAAUUUAGACUUGAAUGGUUUUAAGAGAAACUAUUCAAAAAAGCAAGAUGAAUGCUAUGGAUAUGGGAAACUGUUACAACAUACAAAGCAUGACAGACAACCUAAUGGAGAAAAGCUCUGGGAAUGCAGUCAUUGUGAGAAAGCUUUCAGCCAUAACCCAGCACUUAUGUAUAAACCAGCAGUCACCAGUUCUCUUGUGUACAAACGUAAGAGAGUUCCACCUACAGAGAAACCCCACGUCUGUACUGAGUGCGGGAAAGCCUUCUGCUACAAGUCUGAAUUCAUUAGGCAUCAGAGAAGUCACACUGGGGAGAAGCCAUAUGGAUGCACUGACUGUGGGAAAGCCUUCUCACAUAAGUCAACCCUCAUUAAACACCAGAGAAUACACACUGGGAUAAGACCCUUUGAGUGUUUUUUUUGUGGGAAGGCCUUCACCCAGAAGUCACACCGCAGAGAACAUCAGAGAACACAUACAGGCGAGAGACCCUUUGUGUGCAAUGAAUGUGGGAAGUCAUUUGGCGAGAAGUCAUACCUCAAUGUACAUCGAAAAAUACACACAGGAGAAAGGCCCUAUCGUUGCAGAGAAUGUGGAAAAUCCUUCAGUCAGAAGUCAUGCCUCAAUAAACACUGGAGAACUCACACAGGAGAAAAACCCUAUGGAUGCAGUGAAUGUGGCAAAGCUUUCUACCAGAAGCCAAACCUCAGCAGACAUCAGAAAAUUCAUGCUAGGAAGAAUGCUUAUAGGAAUUAAAACCUAAGAAUUGUCGGAAAGCCUUGAGUAAGAUAUCCUGUUUCAUUAUGUGUGGAGGAAUUCUUCCUUAGGAGAAAUCUUACUGAUUUGGUGAAUUUGAACCAAGUGUUUUACCAUAAGGCAAGUCAUUCUCCAAUUGUGAUAGAAAAUUUUAUAUAAAAGAUUACAGAAAAUACUUUAUAAUACAUAAACCUGGUCACUCUGGCUUAUUAAAGUUUAAAAAUAUAUUAAUGGAAUGAUAAAAUACAAAAUAUAUAUGAAGAAAAGUAGAGGUUUGUUGUUUGGCCCUUUUCUGAAUAAUAAAGUAAUGUUUUUAAUGGCUUUUGUUAAGUUAGCCAAAAACUUGAUUAAAUGUUUUUAAUGUUAAAAAGGCACUUACUUUGUCUUUAUUAUUUUAAUAUAUAAAUAUAUUAUUAACUAAAAUAAUAAAUAAUUCAAAUAAGUUAUUUGUUUUGCCUUUAUUCAUCUUGAAAAGGCAAAGCUAAGGAAUAGUUUCACAACCUGACAGUGAACAAAAUGCUGUCAACUUGAUGACUCAGCACACUCAUUAUUUAACAACAAAAAAGGAGCAUAGCCCUAGUAUAUUGUGCACUACUCCUGUUUUCUUAGUCUUGCUUAAAAUGCCUGCCGCAAAUUAGUAGGAGAGACACUUUUUAUGAGUCUUAUAAUUCAGUAAUGUUUCAUGCACAGAUCAAUGAAGGAGAAGUCCUUUGUUUUUUUUUUCCUGCAAUUUAAGUUGGCCACAUCCACUUUUCUUCCCUAUCAAUUUCUCUUUGAAUGUCCUGGACACUAAAUCCCAAGUUUCUACAUCAUUCCAAUUCAAAGCCCACUUCCCUGAAUGAGGUAUGUAUGUAAUCUAUAUAAGAAAACAAAUGGCUACAUUGUUCAAGACUUGCCUCCCUAUAAGAAUGCCUGAUCCAGAAUGAACAAGAAAACAUAAUCACAGAUAAAGAUGUGACUGAAAGAAUGGUAAAAGGUAUUUCAUGUAACUCUAGAUCAACAUAUUUUUAAAACAAGAAAUAGAUGCUUUUUCAGCAAAACAUAAGCUAUGAAAAUUGCAAUAAGUAGUGGAAAACUUGAUGAAACAAUUACCAUUGGAGAAUUUGGAAAAGUAAUUAAAGAUUUAUGAUUGAAAAUGCUCUAGGCCUAGAUGAUUUCAUGAUUUGUUCUAUUUAACUUUUAAAGAGGGUAAUACCAGUGUUACUUAAAAUAUUUUACCCCAUAGACUAUGACCCCCCAAUUUAUUUUAUGAUGUCAGAAUAAGUUUAACAACAAGCCCAAAUAAAAGUAGUUGG